AUGAAGAUGAAGAUGCUGCGCUCGGCCCGGCUGACCGGGCUGGGGCUGGGCGCACAACAGGGUAUAAAAAGCACACGCCGCUGCGUUACCGAUUAUCAGUUGUGUGGCAGUGGCUCGUGGAUCACGUACAGCACGCAGCCGACGAUGAAGAUCUUACUAGUACUGUGUGCGCUGGCGGUGUGCGCAACAGCCACCUUCGACGAUCUGUUCGGCUCGAAGAAGAACUUCGACCUCAGCAGCCUGUUCGAUGGUCUUCUAGAGAAGAAACAUCCGAAGGGCGGCCACGGUCCCCCGCCACCACACUACGGCCCCCCGCCACCGCACUACGGUCCCCCGCCACCGCACUACGGUCCCCCGCCACCACCGCGUCCAGUCUACGGACCACCAGCUCCGGUUUACGGACCGCCAGCGCCACCACCUCCGCCGCCGCCGCCUCCACCGCCUCCACGUCCAGUGUACGGACCUCCAGCUCCGGUGUACCACGCGCCACCACCUCCGCCACCACCACCUCCGCCGCCACCACCACGCCCAGUCUACGGACCUCCGGCUCCGGUGUACCACGCGCCACCACCUCCACCCCCACCACCACCGCCGCCGCCUCCACGCCCGGUAUACGGACCUCCGGCCCCAGCAUACCACGCACCGCCACCUCCAGUCUACCACGCACCUCCACCUCCAGUGUACCACGCACCGCCAGCUCCAGUCUACCAUGCGCCUCCACCCCGGCCAGUGUACGGACCUCCUGCUCCGCCUCCUCCGCCGCCGCCACCACCGCCACCACCGCCGCGUCCAGUGUACGGACCUCCAGCUCAUCAUCCUCCCCCGCCACCACCUCCGCCACCACCACCGCCGCCGCCGCCGCCGCCGCCGCCACCACCACCACCACCACCACCACCACCACGUCCAGUGUACGGUCCGCCGGCUCCGGCCCCUCCGGUCUUCUAUGCUCCUCCGGCGCAAGCCUACGUACCUCCGGCGCCUCUGCCACCGCCACCACCACCAGCACCACAGCCACCGCCGGUGUUCCAGGAUCUGGAGCCGCAGCCGGAACCCAUCCAGCUGCUGCCGCUCCAGAACAACCCGGUCAGCUUCACGGGGGCCAGCUCGGCCUCGGUUGCGUCGGGAUCGGUCACCUCGGACGAUGGGUACCACUACGGUGUCGGACAUGGCAACGGCCACUAG